AUGGAAAAUGAACCUAUCUACGAAGAAAUACCCUUUAUGCCGACAAAUGAUGAAAAUGGUUCCCUUGAUACACCGCAAACAGAGGAGCGACCUAGGUUGCGGCGAGACUUUCUGAUUGCCACCCUCCCCUUUUUCUGCCUUCAGCUGACGUGGAGUAUCCAACAAGUUUUUGGAAUUCCAUAUCUGUACAGUCUGGGUAUAAGCGACAGUAACGUUCCGCUUUUCCUAUUUGCCGGGCCUCUGGCAGGACUGAUCGUUCCACCCCUUGUCGCUGCUGUAGGUGACAGCUUUGGCAGCCCCUACGGCAAACGCAAGCCCCUCAUAUUCUUUGGCGGAAUCGGUGUCAUCUUUUCCCUCCUGGCGUUUGCAUCAAUUAGCAUCAUUGUCGAACAAUUAUCCUACUCUACCGCUGCGGCGUGGAGCGAUGCGAAAGUCACUCAUGUCGUUGCGGGGGUCAGCCUGUAUAUGCUCAAUUUCUGCAUCCAGCCUCUAUCGCUAGGGCUACGCGCUUCCAUAGUCGACUACUUUGACCCGGAUGAGCAGGUUGCUGUUAAUCUAUGGGUCAGCUGCUUUUCCGUCAUGGGAUCCAUAUUCGUUGCUCUCCUCGCACUGAUUUACAGUCCCGCAUUUUGGGAUCUGAGUUUGGUUGUGGUGGCCUUGCUUUUAGCGAUGCUCAUCAUGGUAGCCGUGUCACAGUUGUACAGGUAUCCUAUACUAGGGGUAUCAGAACCUGUGCAGAGAUCAAUGUCGAUCCGUUCUCGACUCUCGCAUACAUUGAAGACUGCGCGUGAUUUGCCACCGAUCACUCGUUGGACGUGUGCGGUGCAGCUGCGGUCAUGGUUUGCCUGGUUUCUGGUUUUACACUAUACGAGUGUCCUUGUAUCUCGCGCGUACGAAGAUCACAAUACAUUGAUGGCAGCGUCCCAACAGUCAGCCACGGCUAUUGCUUGGACCGCACUCCUGUUUCAUUGCACAUCUCUGCUAUCUUUGGUGCUAGUUUCUCUUACCAGGGAAGAUUCUUCAUAUCACUUAUUAUCCUCGAAGACAAACGGAGAAGAUGACGAAAUUGGUGACGCCGUUUUUACUAUCGAAGAUGAUAGUGAUCCCGAGACGGAAGCAGAUGAGGCCGAUGUAAGACGUGCUUCACUCCAUAUCACAACAACCAGCCAUGUCGCCUCAAAUCAUGACAACCGGCAAGAUGUUACAACAAACCUUUUACAGCCAAUACAGAUUGAAAAGUACAAAGAAUCUCAUGGUACUAAAACGCUGGAAACAACCCGCCAAACACUUUGGCGGGAGAUAUGGCGGCCGUCCUUGCUUGGUCUAGCUAUUUCCCUGGUGGCCACCAUUGUGACGAAUCUUUUCCCAAAAAGCACUUCUACCGCUCUGAUGACUUCACUGUUCUUGGGAUCCAAUGGACUUUUAUUCAGUCUUGCAAACUGGGUGCCGUAUACACUCAUUGCGUACGAAGCCGCAGUGCGAGCUCGAGCAAGGACGGCAAACUCUCCUCGACCCAACCAGAAUCAAAAUCCUGCCAAUCACGAGAAAGACGGUCCUUCGAAUGACCAGGCGCCUGGAAAUGAGGACGAAAAUCCUGACACAGAGUGUGAUGACGACCACAGUACCCCAAGGCUUCUAGCAGUCCACAAUAUGUCGAUCACUGUUCCCCAAAUUAUGGCACUAGUCGUUGUUUGGCUUCUGGAUCAAGGGCUCGAUGCGCUAGGUAUGGUACCUGAUGUCUUGUGGACUUUUGUUCUGUGUGUUCCAGCUUUGAUCUGGGCCAUAUGUCAGUAG